GGCUCGCUUGUCCUGAUGCGCAACACAGCCAUAGAAAAGGUGCUCAAUCAGAAGAUGCGUCCAUGGUAUUUAGGGCCUUUGCUAGUAAUUUCUAGGAAUUGGGGAGGAGCAUAUAUCCUGGCCGAACUCGACGGAUUGGUCUUUGAUCGGCCAAUUGCAGCAUUCUGUGUUAUUCCUUAUUUUGCUCGUAGGUCUCUGAAGCUCACCAAACUUGAAGCCCUCCUCAACAUCUCGUAG